AAGACAAAUUGCCAUAAAAAUAUUUACUAUUUGUGAAAAAAGAAAAAAUUGUAUUAAGAGCAAAUGCUGGCAAAGGAUUUUCCACCUGGUUUUUUUAAAUAAAAUAUAUGAGGAUUAUUAUCUUAUUCCUAGCUAAAAAAAUUGGGAAAUGUUUGACAGCAGUGCGCUAGCGGAUCAAAAGUUCUUUAGACGAAAGUAAAGUAACCGAAGUAUAAUUUAAAUUUUGUGGUUGUGUUAAAUAUAAAAAGCAAAACAAUGAAGGCGGCUAUUGCGAAUAGCGGAAAGGCGGGAGGUGGUAAUAAUUUUUUUAUUGGAUCACCAGUGAAUACUGAACAUUUGUCUAAGAUGCAAAUACAACGAACGGAUUAUUCAAGCAUUCGUGGAAAAAAUGUCUUGGUUAGUCCUACAGAGGAGCAAUAUGAUUUACUGAAAAAACGUUUGGAAGAACGCACCCAGGAUAGUCGUGGUGAAACUAUCUACGAAAUUGGUGUAGGGGAAGAUGGGGGUGAACAUGGUUUAGACGAGGACGAGUACCAAGCUUCAGUCGCUACAAUGCAAUCAUUAGCUACCACCUUAAAUGCCGAUAUGGUACUAUUGAAGCAACGUAAAGUGGAAAAGGGCUUAACGGCUCAAUAUUUGAUCAGAAAACGUGUGGACAUGUCCGAUUUCAUGGAAAUCCGAGUGGCUGUGGUGGGGAAUGUGGACGCCGGCAAGUCCACUUUACUGGGAGUUUUGACCCAUGGAGAAUUGGAUAAUGGCCGAGGACAUGCUAGGCAACGUUUGUUUCGCCAUAAACAUGAAAUGGAAAGUGGUCGUACUAGUUCCGUGGGCAACGAUAUCCUAGGCUUUGAUAGCAUUGGCAAUGUGGUCAAUAAGCCAGAUCAUGGAACAUUGGACUGGGUGAAAAUCUGCGAAAAGUCUGCUAAAGUUAUUACUUUUAUCGAUUUGGCUGGCCAUGAGCGAUACUUAAAGACUACUGUAUUUGGUAUGACUGGUCACGCCCCCGAUUUUGGCAUGUUAAUGAUAGGUGCCAACGCAGGUGUAGUGGGAACUACCAAAGAGCAUUUAGGCUUGGCUUUGGCAUUGUCGGUACCGGUCUUUGUGGUGGUCACUAAAAUUGAUAUGUGUCCUCCUAAUGUUUUGCAAGAUAAUUUGAAAUUGCUUUUCAAGAUUCUAAAAUCCCAAGGUUGCCGAAAGGUGCCCGUCAUGGUAAAGACUCCGGAUGAGGUUGUGUUAAGUGCCACAAACUUCGUUUCAGAACGUUUGUGUCCCAUAUUUCAAGUAUCCAACGUUACUGGGGAGAAUUUGGAUUUAUUAAAAAUGUUUUUGAAUUUAUUGACUACGCGUAUGUCGGGUCAAGAUGAUUUACCAGCGGAAUUUCAAAUAGAUGAUACUUAUUCCGUACCCGGAGUUGGUACAGUAGUUUCUGGCACUUGUUUGCAGGGAUUGAUUAAAUUGAAUGACGUUUUAAUGCUGGGUCCAGAUCCGUUAGGUAAUUUUAUGCCCAUCGCAGUCAAGAGUAUCCAUCGUAAGCGUAUGAAUGUGAAAGAGGUGCGAGGCGGUCAAACUGCUAGCUUUGCAUUAAAGAAAAUUAAACGAUCUCAAAUACGAAAGGGCAUGGUUAUGGUCAGUCCCGAAAUAAAGCCUCAGGCCUGCUGGGAAUUUGAAGGAGAAAUUCUAGUUUUGCACCAUCCCACCACAAUUUCAUCUCGUUAUCAAGCAAUGGUACAUUGCGGCAGUAUCCGUCAAACUGCGUCUAUUGUAACUAUGUCCAAAGAAUGCCUUCGCACUGGCGAUAAAGCUCAUGUUAAGUUUCGCUUUAUUAAACAUCCCGAAUACAUACGACCUGGUCAACGUAUGGUUUUUCGUGAAGGACGAACAAAAGCAGUGGGAAAUGUCUUGAAGCCCAUCACCAAUUCAGUGGCAGCUCAGCAUCGUCCAAAGCCCAAUAAAAUGCAGGCGCGGGUUCAAGGCCAAGGCUCGCACGGCAAACAAAAUCAAAAUCCUAAUGUGCAAGCAGCUACUAAUAACAUGAGCAAUAAAAGUCAUAACAUGGAUCAUGAUUUCAGCAAUAAGGCAACUAAAGCUGAAGGAGUACUAGAAUUAAGUGCAGAUAAACGUGAUAUGGCUCGAAACAGUGCGAAGAGGGGUCAUAAGAGAUUUGCCGCCAAUACAACGGCUCCAAACAUGGAAUCGAAUGCCUCAACAAUUUCACAAACGAGCGCCAAUUCUACACAUAUCGCUGCCAAAGUGCAGUAAAACUGAAUAAUUACAAUCAUAUCGAAUGUUGGCAAGAAGAAUUUUUUCAACUUUUUAAAAGGUAGGAGAGAAAGUGCCGAGUUUUUUGGUGCAACAAAACGUGUACAAACCACAAGUUUUUUAAAGGACUCAUGAAUAUAUAGAACAGAUUAAAAUACUAUUUUGCUACGUAUGAAAUAAUGAAAUAUCACAGAGCAGAUGUUAAUAAGAGAAUAUGUAUAAAGCAUAUGUAUGUAAAAAUAAUUGUAGAAAA